AUGCCAUCCAACGGUUAUCAGCGAUACACACCCGAUGAACAGCGGAAACGAAGAAUCAGAAGAUUGAUUAUCGAAGUUAUUGUGUGCGCUGUACUCAUCCUACCAACAAUUUUUGUACCCGUAGGGAGUCUUCUGAAAGAUAUGAUUAAACCACGAAUUUUCGGUAAAGUAACACUCCAACCCGAUACAGAAGGUUUACAAAGUUGGCUCGAUCCACCAGUCGAUACAACUCGAAGUUACUAUCUAUUCAAUGUCACAAAUGCAGAAAAUGUUACUCUUCAUCCAUCUGAUACGACUAUACAUGUUCGAGACACACCGGCUUACACAUACAAAAUCAAAACCAUCAAAAACAUUACUCAAUGGUCUGACAACAAUACUAAACUUGAUUAUGAAGUUUCUCGACUGAUUACGCGUGAUCCCGAACGAUUUAAAGAAUCGUCUCUUAAUGAUACUGGUGCAUUUAUUGACUUAGUACGGGCUAUUUUUCGAACACAAUUUGAAAAAGCUAAACCAGCACAAUCAUUUUUUGAUCUUGGUGGUGAAAAUCCCUUUCCUGAAGGAAAACCAAUAGAAUUACUAGAAGGCUAUACUUCGUCUUUGUUUGACACUGUUCGAGAGAAAAUGGUAGGACCAAACACGGACAAGUCAGGUUUUAUCUAUCGACAAAAUGGUAGUCGAUUAUACAGUGUGUCGAUAGACACAGAUUUGGAUAAAAAAGGUCAAAUGAAAUCAUUUUCAAGCGAUCUCGUUGCAUUUGAAACUACUUCACACGAUUAUUCAUUUCCAAUUUAUGAUAGCGUUACAUAUCCAACAAUGCUUUUUGAUAAGCCCGUACUGAACAUCUUCCACUCAGAUUUUUGCAGUCCAGUUCUUCUUCAGUAUUCGAAAACCGUCAAUUUACGUUUUGGACUACCGGCAUUCGAGUAUCGAGUCAAAUUUAUUAACGUUAACAAUUGUUCUAACCCAAAUGAUACAAAGGACACGAUCUUUCUGUCCAAAGCGCAUUUUUAUGGAAGUAAAAACGAGACAAUUCAAGAAAUGAAUAUCGAAGGUUUUCAACCAUCUGCAGAUGCACAUGAUUCAGUUGUUUAUUUUGAGCCUUACUCUGGUACGCCGUUGAAAGCUUCAUUUCGGAUGCAGUUGAAUGUUGCAGCGAGCAUUGAUCCAGCCAGAAAAGAAGAGGAUGGAGCUAAGUGGACAGCAAUAAAAAAACGCAAAGGUGUCGUACGUUUAAUACCCGUAUUUUGGAUCGAUCAGGAUAUAAAACUCUAUGAAAGCAAAGUCAAAGAUCUUCAGAAAGCCAUGAUUAUUAUGAAUAACGGACAGCGAAUUGUUAUUGGAUUAGCGAUUGUAUUAUCCAUUUGUUUUAUUCUUGUUAUGGAAUUAGUUCCGCGAUUAUGCAACAGAAACAAUCGAAAUAAACACAGUGGUUAUGUCAAGGCUGAUACUCUAAUCUAUCAUUAA